AGUACACAUACAAAAGUCACUGAAAGCAAAAAUUUAUUUGCACAUUGGUUUUCAGUAAUGUAAGACAAAAUGUUGUUCUCCACAGUAUAUGCGUGUGUUCUUUGGGUUCUAAUAUACAGUUUCAAUAUUUCUUCGGCAAAAGAAAAGGUAUGUUCCAAAUUCGCUUACGAGGAACAAACUUUAGAAAAGAUGAUCCGCACGGAAAUUAAGGUAGAAAACAUUGAAAGUGAGAUAAAGAAAACUCAAGAUUCUGUCUUGAACACUUUAAAGGAGAUACAGAUGACAGUUGCCCAUAUCACCGACAGAUUUGAAGAUUUGAGAAAUAACUUUACAGAAGAAAUGGAACAAAAGACACAGGACAUAGAGAAGAGAGAAGAUUUUUUCAAAAAUACAUUUGAUGAACUACGAACGAAUUUCACGAACGACAUGGAGAAUGAAAGAAACAGUCUUUCUGAACUCAAAGAUUUUUUCAAAAAUACAUUUGAGGAACUACGAGCGAAUUUCACGAACGACAUGGAGAAUGAAAGAAACAGUCUUUCUGAACUCAAAGAUUUUUUCAAAAAUACAUUUGAGGAACUACGAACGAAUUUCACGAACUCCAUGGAGAAUGAAAGAAACAGUCUUUCUGAACUCAAAGAGAAACUGACUUGGCCUUCCGUCGCAUUUUAUGCACAUCACGUGACAGAAACAAACCUUGCUAAGGACAACCAGAUCAUUGUGUUUGACAGUGCGUUAACAAACGAGGGAUCCGGAUACGACACCUCCACAGGAAUCUUCACAGCACCUGUCGACGGGAUGUACCAGUUUACUGUCCAUAUUUGUACAUAUUAUGGAAAAUAUUCUUACAUUGGUAUGGUGUAUGCAGGUAACGUGAUUGCGAAAGCUUCUAAUUACGACAAGGACCACGGUACCUGCUGUUCAGUAGGAGCAAUAUUAAGAGUGAAAUCAGGAGAACAGGUCUGGGUAAAAUGUACAGCAGGAAGUUCCAACAACAGGCUUCUUGAAGACAUCUAUAGAAUGAACACAUUCAGUGGAAUUCUUCUUAACAAAUAGAUGCUGAUGUACUCAACACAUUGCAUGAAGUGAUUACUGGAUAGUAGCUUAAAACUACAUUGUACGAUAAACAAUUACAUUGUAUGAUUUUUUAAAUUUUCAUUUCUGCCUUUUUCUAUACUCAGAACUACUUUAAGCAGUAUCCACACCUUCAAGUAGUUCUGCACGCUUAUUACACUGGAAGUCAUGAGUUAACGCCAUUUAUCCGCAUAAAAACUUGGCACUAAUAAAUGAUAAAUCAUCUAGUUGAUCUAAUAUCUGAUAUAUUUUUAAGUAAUACUGAAAAUGUUUUUCUUUAAUUCGUCAUUAAAGUCAGCAUAGUAGGACUUUUUGAAGGCAAAAAUCUCAUCAAAGUAUACUGUCUUUAGAAAACUUGCUUCAGACCCAAUAAAUACAACAAAAAAAUCUAAGCAUUCUUCUUUAUGGGAAAACAUU